AUGUCGGCGCCGUAUAAUACCACCUCCCAUCGCUUCAAAUCCUUCUGCCACACAAAUCAUGAUAUCCCCACCUCUCCAAGCAUGGACACGCGCCUGGACCACAUUCCCGAUGACCUCGACGCCAUCAUGACUCGAACCAAUGGCCAUCACCUGUCAGACCCGAAUCCUAAAUUGCUUUGUUGCUGUGGCCGCCCAGAAUGCAUCUAUCUCGAGAACAACAACACCGUUCUGGGCGGUAUCGAGCGAGAUCUAGAAACCGCAGCCCGACUUGGUCAGGCCCUACUCACGCGACACGAAACCUAUGUUGGUGACUCUCAGCGCGAACAUGAACGACUCACUGAAUAUAUCAAUGAGCUGGAAGAAGAACGUAGCAAUCUUCAGACUAAGAACGAGAAGAUCGUCGAAGAAAACCGCGAACUCCUCACCCAACUCGAAGCGGCAAAUACUUCUCUAAAAGAGAGCGAUGACCACGUCAAAGAUCUUGAGUUACUGCUCCGUGAUUGCGAGAUGGAGGUACGGAGAUUGAACUUCCUCACUCAUCAAACAGAGGAACUCGAAUUGAAGCUGCUGGAAAUGGAGAGAGAUCGCGUCACACUCUCUCGCAAAGUUGACGACUCUGCUGAGGAAGCAAAAAGUACUAUCAUGCGGUGGAAAGAAAGUGAGCUCAAAGUCCGUCAACUUGAGAAUGAGGUGCAGAAGAUCGAAUGGGAAGCAAAACAGGACAAGGAACGCCAUGAAGAAGUAAUAGCCAGACUAGAAAGAGAAAGGAUCUUGGAAAGAGAACUGGGCGGUGCUGAGGGCAGGCUCAAGGGUGCUGCCGCUCUUCAGGGUCUCAAAGGUCAAGCAUCGGGUUCCAAUGUUGUCAGCCACUUUGUUCGCGAUAUUCUACAAGACAACGCCAAUCUGCAGGCCGGUAUCGCUGAGCUGCGCGAGUUGCUUCAAACAUCAAACGACGAAGUGCAGAAUUUACGCGAGCAAAUCGUUCUUCACCAACCUGUCAGCAAUGAUCUUCCUAACUCGGCUGGAGCCAGUCCACGUCCUCUCAGUGAACAGCUCCAUUGGGUUUCCACUCCGAAACAAGUACAACAAGAGGUUCAUGUCCACCAUCAUUAUCACGCCAAGAUCGCGGGCAAGAAAGAUCGAACUCCGACCGUGCGCAGAGCUUCCCGAAAGCGAGCAGUCAUGGGUCUUGGUGUACUACCAUCACCCCCGGAUUCUUCUGCUCCAUCGACCCCGACCAUUGGCCCUCAUCGCUUCGUUUCAAGUCCGAUACUUCCUAUCACACUACAUCAACCCCAGGCAAAACGCAACCGGUGGUCGGUACAGUCAGCGGCAACAGGUACAUCUCAACUCUCGAGCUUCCCAGGCUCGCCGAGGUCAUAUUAUGACAGGAGUAGUACCAUCUUCGAUCGUUUGGAAGGAGGCGAAGAAUCUUCAAGACCAACGAGUCCAGAAUCUGCUGCUGGUUACUCUGAUUCCAUGUUCCACCAAAUCAACUAUAAGUCAGCCAUCGAUGAUGAAAGUACGCCCCUCGAUGAAGAAGCUGUCACGGAGGACUUUUCUGACGGAGUGGCCCUUCCCACACCACCAACUCCGGAAGGACUGGACCUUAUCGCAGAAGAACUAGACGCACCUGAUAACUUGUCCCGAGAUCUCACACCGAAACCUUCUCAGGUUCUAGAUACCGGAUCACGGAACACUAGUUUCGUCGAACCCAAACCACCAGAACCUUUAAAACCACCAGAUAUCGCAAAUUUACCAGACGCAUUGGCCCAAGCUAUAUCUCCAACUGCCAGCCCUAAAUUUGAACUAAAUGUGCCUUCACAAAUCCUCACUCUACCAGAGCCAGUCCCCGCAACAGAGUCAGAUGAAGCAUCCCAUGCUUAUGACUUCCGCACCGUUCUCGAUGUUGCAGCGCAGCCCGUGCUUCGACGCAAGGGGUCCCAUGAUUCUCUUGUAUCCAUCUCUGGCAUGGAUAUACAUAUCGCUAAACGACCUACCACGGCGACUUCCCAUUCAUCGAAUCUCCUGAAAGGAAAUAGGGCAUACUUUACAAGACCUCCUUCCGCAACAAGAACAUAUGCCAGCGCUCAGCCCUUGGCCACUGUGACCGAAUUUACCGCCCUGAGCUCAAUCAGGUCGCUCAGUUCUGAUCAUCGAUCACCUGUCGAAAUGGCGAUGGGAACAGCCCAGACCCCUACGAAAGCUACGAGCUUAAGCAUCGAAGCCUUGAGUGGCAUCGCAGGCUUGUCCAGCCCUAUACAAUCAGAAUCACCGUCCUCGGGUGGGAUCGGCCGUUUGGUGGGUGGGUGGGUAAGAAGCAAAUGGGGUGUCGCCCCUGUGAAGUCGAGUGGGGACCUGAGAUCACAGGCCCAGGUGAAACCACAAGUGCCAGUUGAGCCUUUACCAUUCUUUACUGGCAGAUCUGCGGGCAUCAAUCAACCCGGCGCCAUACCAGGCUUCAGAACUACACGCAAUGCGCCUACCACCGAGGUACAGGUGAAGAUGGUAGAUGAGCAGGGUCUUCGAGACAUAUUUGUGGAAUAA